AUGGAAGAGAAAAUUUUUCUUGGUGAAAAUGAGGAGAAGAAAGAGCGGCAGGGAUUGAGCGAUAAAUGGAAGUUGGUGAAUGUUGUGCUGCUUGGGUUUGCCUUUAUGCUACUGUUUACUGCGUUUUUGACGACUUCGAUGAUCGGGAAAUAUGUGACGGACUCGUUGAAGACGGAGAUUUUGGAGGAACUGGAUGAGAAUGAUGAGGACUUCUUGCAUUUCAACGAUACUUACUGGCUAACCUACCAUUCUGAAGAAAAUUCGAUGAAUGAAACGUACAGUAUGAUACAAAAUGAAUAUGCUGACGGCUUGCUUGGCGAUGGAUACAUUUCAUUGUCGAUCGUCUAUGUCUCCUUCGCCCUAACGAAUUUUAUCGCUCCUGGAGUUGUUGGCAUACUUGGGCAUAAAACAACAAUGUUCAUUGCGGCACUGACCUACUUGCUUUAUAUUUUGGUCUUUUUGAACCCGACUCCGCUUUUUCUCUAUUCCGUCUCAGUCUUGAACGGAGCUGGAGGAGCACUGUUGUGGACUGCUGAAGGUGAUUUUCUCCAUCAUCAGUCUGGGACCGAGCGACUGAUGUCCAGAAAUACGGGGAUAUUCUCUUCAUUCUUUCUCUGCAGCAUGAUCAAUGGCAAUAUUUAUAUCAUGUUCGCUUGGCAAGGGGAGAAAUAUGUAAGCUCGGAAAUGAGAACUACGAUCUUCACGAUUUUCGCUGUGCUAGCUUCAACUGGCUGCGUUUUGCUCUUGUUUCUGAGGGGGAGAUGCUGCGGCCCGGAGAAAAUUGAAGACAAAGAAGAAAAAACACCAUUCAGCGAAAAAUUUCUCGAGUUCAUCAGAACCAUCAAAAAGACCUUCAAGCUUUUGCUCACCAAAAAUAUGGCUUUAUUCGCACCCUACAUUAUCUAUUCCGGCUUUUACUUUGGCUUUCUCAGUGGCGUUUACCCGACCGUCGUCGGGAAUUCCAAAAAUCUCGAAGAUUCUAGCGCGCAAGUUGGCUACACUGGAUUGUUGACUGGAAUCGGAGGGCUGGUUUCUAGCGCUGUUUUUGUCUUUGGAUCGAAGUUUUUUGACAAAUUUAAUCGAUCAAGCAUCGCUAUAACCUUUUUGUUGUUGCACUUGGUUUCGUACAUUCUGACUUCUGUCAAUUUUCCUCACGAUUCCAAUUUUACAUCGACAGAAGAUCUGCCCGAUUGGAAUAUUUUUGGAUCAACGAAUCUAAAUGUUGCGAUUCUCAUCGCUUUUCUGAUGGGAUUUGGCGAUGGUGGGUUGAAGAAUGUGCUCUUCUCUUCUGUAACUGAAGGUUUUUCGACCGAGACGACCUCUGCUUUUGCGCUCAAACAGUUCAUGGAUGCUCUUUCAAGUGCAGUCUGUUUCUUCAUUAGCAAUUCGAUAAACCUACUAACCUUACUGCUUAUUCUAGCCGUGCUAAAUAUUCUCACUGAUUUUGCAAAAGUCGCAAGCGUUGGUUCACGAGGAAAAUGUUUCCAGUGCAACAGGCUUCCUCAAUCGCUUGCCAAAAUCAACGGACAUUAUUAUUGCCGAUCAUGUGCUGAAGAAAAAAAGACAUCCAAUUCUUACAACCGCAAUGGCGGUUAUUACAAUCAGUCAACUGGAUAUUAUCAGCCGCCAAAGUUCGAACCAUCUGAUGCGAAAUUCAAAUGUCCUGUGGGAGCAUGCACAACUGAUCAACUUUCGUUUGGUGAAUAUUUCGUUGGAGCAUGCUGUGAAAAAGCAAACGACUGGAAGUGGAAGGAUCAUAAUUACGAGACUCUCUCGAUUGUCAGCAAAGAAUACGAAACUGCCCGAGAAGAAGAAGGUUCUGCUGAAAAAGUCGCAGAAGAUGCCGAUAAAGCCCUCGAAGAUGCGAAAAAGAAGUCGAAAGAGGCUCAUGAAGCUCUUGAUCAGAAGAAAAUUUGGCGCAAGAAGGUUCAAAAACGUCACUUGUUUCUUUCAACUGAGGCGAUGAAGGAAGAUAAUGACGAAUUAGAAGACAUGGUUGUUGUUAAGCAGGCUAAAUUGGAUGACAAGCUCAAAUGCAAGGUGUGCCUCGAAAACUACGACAACAAUCAUCCCCAAGUCAUCCUCAUUACAUGUGGCCAUCACUUUUGCUCACCUUGCAUCGCUGCUCUUCAACAGAAAAACUGCCCGACCUGCCGAACUCGAUUCACUCCUGCCAAGAUCCUCAAGGUCUUCGACUAA